AGCGGCCAUAUUGGUUGGGGUGAGCGGCUGGCGGACUGUCGGUCGGUUUACAGGCAUGUGGGAGCCGUACCAGGCGGUGGAGGCUGGCCUGGGCCGAGAGGACAAUUUCCUGUCUCUGGAGGAUGUGCUCAUGUCUCAAGAGAAGCUGCCCUGCCGCAUAGAGAGCGGCCUCCCCCGUCUGGGCUUUCUGGAGAAGGGGGGAGAGAGCGACAGCAUCCCUGCGGGCAUUAGGAUGGAGCUGCCUCUUUGGUUGGCCAAAGGUCUCUACGAUAACAAGCGGCGCAUCCUGUCCGUGGAGCUCCCGAAGAUUUACCGAGAGGGCUGGCGCACCGUCUUCAGAGCUGAUGCCAAUGUGGUGGACCUUCACAAGAUGGGGCCCUAUUACUAUGGCUUUGGCUCUCAGCUCCUUAACUUUGACAGCCCAGAGAACACGGAGAUAGCAAAGACGAUAUUGCAGACCUUUGUCGGCCGCUUCCGACGCAUUAUGGACUCAUCGCAAAAUGCCUACAACGAGGACACGUCUGGGCUGGUGUCACGGCUGGAUGAAUUGGAACGUGGGCUGUUUCGAGCUGGCCAGAAAGGGCUAAAUGCUUUUCAAAGUUGGGAGAGGGGGACAGCCUCGCAGAUCACCGCGUCCAGUCUGGUGCAGAGCUACCGCAAGAGAAAGUUUAACGAGACUGAUACCUGAAGAGCGCCUGUCAUCUACGUGCCAUCGUGGGUGGGACGGUGCUGGACAGUAUUUCUCGGACCGGUUCGAGACCGGUGUCUCUUCCUGCGGACACGGAGAAGGAGUAAGAGGCACGUGGGCUGGGGGCUGUCCGCCUCCUGCGCGGCUUUCAUUCAUUAAAAGGUCUAACUCAA